AUGGAUGACCUUUAUGACGAGUUCGGUAAUUAUAUCGGAGGAGAAGAGUCAGAGGAAGAAUCACAGCCCGGUGGUGUUGAAGCACAGCAAUUCGAUUAUGACCUUGAAUCAGAGGUGGAGGCUCCGGCUGCUCAUGGCCAGGAGCUCAUGGAGAUAGACGACCAGGGUCCAUCAAACGCAGUUAUUCUUCAUGAAGACAAACAGUAUUAUCCAACCGCACAACAAGUUUAUGGAACAGAUGUGGAAACGAAGGUACAGGAGGAGGAUACACAGCCACUGACGCAACCAAUUAUUGCGCCAGUUCAACAGAAGAAAUUUGCUGUCCAGGAAGCAGACCUACCCCCGGUCUUUUACUCGCGAGAGUUCAUGACAGAUCUAUUGAACUAUCCCAGCCAAACACGAAAUAUAGCUCUGGCAGGCCAUCUACACCAUGGCAAGACCGCCUUUAUGGAUACGUUGGUUAUGGAAACACAUGACUUGUCGGAGAAACUUGACAAGCGAACCGGCAAAGCCAAGGAUGAGCAGCUACGAUACACAGAUGUGCAUUUCCUAGAGAGAGAGCGUGGAUUGUCGAUUAAAUCUGCGCCAAUGAGCCUUGUCUUACAGGGAACUAAAGGAAAAUCUCAUCUUUUCAACAUAAUAGAUACCCCUGGCCAUGUCAACUUCGUGGAUGAGGUCGCCGCAUCGUUGCGACUAGUAGAUGGAGUAGUGCUUGUUGUGGACGUCGUUGAGGGUGUGCAGAUAAACACAGAACAAAUCAUCAAGCACGCCGUAUUAGAGGACCUCCCACUUACUUUGAUUGUUAACAAAGUGGACCGACUUAUACUGGAACUAAAACUACCGCCCACUGAUGCUUACUUUAAGCUGAAACAUGUGGUUGAAGAAGUAAACACUAUUAUUGAGAAAACAAUACCUGGGCAAGGUGAAAAGAGACGACUCAGUCCUGAAAAGGGCAAUGUUGCAUUCGCUUGCGCCUCAAUGAACUGGUGUUUUACUCUCCAGUCAUUUGCGAAGAUGUAUGCGGACACGUACGCAAAAGUUGAUCUCUCCGAGUUUGCUGUAAGGCUAUGGGGUGAUAUCUUCUUCAAUCCCCGCAGCCGGAAGUUUACACGCAAAGGUAUGGAGGAACAAUCGAAACGAUCCUUUGUCCACUUCAUCCUUGAACCUAUCUACAAGCUUUACUCGCACACCAUUAGCGAGAGCCCCGAAGACCUGAAAGACACGCUAGCAACGCUUGGGAUCAACUUGAAGCCCUCGCAGCUUAAAUCAGAUGCAAAGGUGCUUUUAAAACUGGUUUGCGCCCAGUUCUUUGGCCCUGUUACUGGGUUUGUCGAUAUGGUCGUUCAGCACAUUCCUUCUCCUGUUGAAGGAGCUAGCAAAAAACUGGACAGGUAUUACACUGGACCUCGGGACACUAAAGUUGCUGCCGCUAUGGAAUCCUGUGACCAGGAUGGCCCAUUGGUUGUGCAUGUCACUAAACUGUAUGGGACGCCGGAUGCUGCUGGGUUCAAUGCCUUUGGACGGAUCAUGAGCGGAACUGCAAGGGCAGGCCAACAAGUCAGGGUCCUAGGAGAAGGAUAUACAGUAGAUGAUAAUGAGGAUAUGGUCGUUGCAACUAUUUCUGACACGUUCAUCGCCGAGUCUCGCUAUAACAUUCCGACAAGUGGCGUUCCGGCGGGUAACUGGGUCCUCCUCAGCGGAGUAGACAAUUCCAUUAUCAAAACGGCAACUCUUGUGCCAUUGACACUUGAAGAUGACGAGGAAGCAUAUAUCUUCAAGCCUAUCAAGCAUAUGACAGAAUCUGUUUUCAAGGUUGCUGUUGAACCCAUAAAUCCAUCCGAGCUACCUAAAAUGCUUGAAGGACUUCGAAAGGUCAACAAGAGCUACCCUCUGAUAUCAACUAGAGUUGAGGAGUCAGGCGAACAUAUCGUACUUGGAACAGGUGAGCUCUACAUGGACUGUGUUCUUCACGACCUCCGUCGACUAUACGCGGAGAUGGAAAUCAAGGUAUCAGAUCCUGUGACAAGAUUUUGUGAAACGGUGGUUGAGACCUCUGCAAUUAUGUGCUACUCCAUCACCGCCAAUACCAAGAAUAAAAUCACUAUGAUUGCCGAGCCCCUCGACGACGGUAUUAGCGAGGAUAUCGAAAGUGGCCGGGUCAACAUUCACGACCCGAUUCGGAAAGUUGGUCAAUUCUUUGAAGAAAAAUAUGACUGGGAUAAAUUAGCAUCGAGGAGUAUUUGGGCCUUUGGCCCUGAUGACAUGGGCCCAAAUAUCCUUCAAGACGACACACUGCCUUCUAAGGUAGACAAAAAGCAGCUUGGAUCAGUAAGGGACUUCAUCCGGCAGGCCUUCAGCUGGGGAACGAGAGAGGGUCCCUUGUGUGAAGAACCCAUUCGAAACACCAAGUUCCGUCUUACAGAUAUCCAGCUAGCAGACCAAGCGUUUUCUCGAGGUGGUGGGCAGAUCAUCCCGGCCACUCGUCGUGUCGUCUAUUCAUCUUUCCUGAUGGCCUCUCCCCGAUUGAUGGAGCCCAUUUAUACCUGCUCCAUGACGGGACCUCCAGACUCAGUUGCUGCCAUAUACACUGUUCUUUCUCGACGACGUGGACAUGUCUUAUCCGAUGGUCCUAUCGCCGGAACCCCUCUCUACUCUGUGCGAGGUCUUAUUCCAGUCAUUGAUUCUUUCGGAUUCGAAACCGAUCUCAGAAUCCAUACCCAAGGUCAGGCCACCGUCAGUUUAGUAUUUGACAAAUGGAGUGUUGUGCCGGGAGAUCCAUUGGACAGAGACAUAAAGCUCAGGCCACUGGAGAUGGCAAGUGCCAUGGCAACUGCCAGAGACUUUGUUCUCAAAACUCGCCGAAGAAAAGGUCUUGCAGAAGAUAUAACCGUUAGCAAGUUUUUGGAGCCGGAGCUUUGGAAGGGCUUGAAGGAGAGCGGUCUCCUCGGCGAAACAUGA